AAAUUCCGCACGUUGCGCUGUCUAUAGUCACUCGGUUACAAUCUACCGCAACGAAUACGCGCAUCAUUGGUUGGCACGAUUAUAUUGUGUGUCUCUCCUCCAGUUCAACGGUACGGCUAAUCCACCUACGGAACCAUGCGUAUCCACGAGCGAUGACCUCGCCCAGAUCGUGCUAAUUGAAUUUAAAUUCGUCAAGACCUCGUGCAUAAAACGGUCGACACUGAGCGAUUAUCCAUGUCCUGCUAGUGGAUAGUGGUGGGGCCCCGGGGGUGCGCAACGCCCAAAUCAGACGGCAUCGCGGCACGUGCCGAGAAACAUGGCAAAAGUGUCCCACUUCCACCGGAACGCUCAAUGGUACGGUUCCAUGUGAAAGAAAGUGCAACAGUUUAUGUGUGUCGCUGAAUAGUUUGUGAUUUGCUUUAGUGGCGACCAUUCACUGCUUGAUGUUCCGAUAGUGUUCUCCGAGCUUCAAGUGAUCUAAUUUCCUCUAGUGUAGAAUCAGUAUUCGCGAAUAUAUAGAGGAGAGAGUGCGUCGAUGUGAUACACAAUAUCCGGUGAUACGAUACUAAGAUCUACUUUCCAUUAACCCACUGAUCGAUACGUGAUACGAAACGAUGAAAUUGUUACUGAAAAUACACAACAAAGAACGCAAUCUGGCCACGUCUGCCGCAACGACAGUGAAUCUGUUCCAGCGGAAGCGUAAAUAUUACCACCGUAGGAUCUCGAAAACUUCUUCCUGUCCUGAGCCUGCUCCCACGGCGAGUGCUACCCCGCCUGCCCAGCACGCUAGCCAUCCAUUAUCCUCUACUUCGUCCUCGUCAUCGUCGUCAUCAUCAUCAGCGACUGUAGCAUCAUCGGCACAAUCCGCUAGUAUCACAUCAUUCCGUGGUUGCUCAAAGUUUGAAGCGGAAGUGACAAAUUACGAAUACGGUGCGUCAUCCUCUCUCAUUUACGACGGCUCCGGAGGCAGCAGUUAUCUGGACACACCAGCCUGUUCUACUACGGAGCGGUGGCCACUGCUACUGCAGCGCAACUCUCCUUUGCGGUCAUCGUCACGCAGCUACCCAGGCAGUAUCCGAUCCGGACGCAAUAACCAGAACCGAGGUUUACCAUCAUCGGGACCAUCAACGUUACGCCAGGAACGAUACUUCAUCUACGGUGCUCUGAUAUUUUUCGCCAUCGUUGGAUUUUCGUCCGCGAUCUACUUCAUCGUCAACCAGGCCCGUAAUCCGAGUGAACUCAAACCACCGCAGGACAUUAUCUUCGGAGCCAACUACGAUCCCCGAACGAUACCGACCCUCGGCAAUAGCCACAUGAUCAUAGACCGUAGCAACUGGGGCUCGCAGGAACACGUGAAGGCACCGCUCCACCUGGAGCGCCCGGUUUCCUACGUUAUCAUAACACAUGUUGGCCUAGCUUCCAAGCCCUGUACCGAUGUUUACCAAUGUUCAAACAAGAUGCGAGUUCUACAGGAUGCUGCUAUCGGUGAACGGCAUUUGCCGGAUUUACCAAGUAAUUUUUAUAUCGGCGCAGACGGAAAUGUAUACGUUGGGCGUGGCUGGAGUAUAGCAAACUCGUACCAUAACCGAACGGUAUCCGUUUGCUUUCUGGGAGAUUACAAUCGCUACGAACCCGGCAAUGAGCAGAUCUCGGCCCUACAACACCUUCUCACCUACGGUGUAGUACAGGAUGUGCUGGACAAGAACUACAAGAUCGUGGGUCGACGACAGACGAAACAAACAACAAGUCCUGGAGACAAAUUGUAUCCCAAAAUCAUGCAGCUUGCACGGUGGAAUCCAUGCAGUACGGAAGGCUACACGCACUGCGGAGCAGAACUCGGUUACCCGAGCGUAUGGGAUGAGGAAGCGAUCCACAAUGAGCAUGGAUCCAACAACCAAAACAAUUUGGAGUUCCCUAACGGCGCCAGAAGCAGUCCCUGUGAGCGAUGCAUCUUAUACAACAUCAUACUGAUGCUUAUCAUCUUCGGUUUAUCCAUUCUGUUUUAUGUCAUCUACACGUCAACACCAUCCGACAGUGAACGGCUACCGAGUAAUAUAUUGUUUGGAAACAAUUAUUUUUCAAACUCCAUACCAAAUUUAGGUAACGGACAUAUGCUGUUGGGACGUAAAAACUGGGGAGCACAGCAGGGUGUGCAGGGCCCGUAUGAGUUGGAGUCACCGAUUCCUUACGUACUGAUUACGCACAUCGGGGUGCAUUCGAAGAACUGCACUAAUGUCCACACUUGCUCCAUUAUGAUGAGAACACUACAAGACGCGGCUAUAGCCGAGAAGUACCUGUCUGAUAUUCAAAGUAACUUCUAUCUCGGAGGUGAUGGUAAUGUGUACGUUGGACGAGACUGGGACAGAGCGAACGCGUACGCCAACAAAUCGGUAGCCAUUUGUUUUAUGGGCGAUUAUGGACGCUACGAGCCAAAUGAGCUUCAGUUUUCAGCCCUCGAUCAUCUGCUAACUUAUGGCGAAAUGCACGAUCUGUUGGCUAAGGACUAUCGCAUUGUUGCUCACAGACAGACGAAACGCACUCGCAGUCCUGGCAUCAAACUCUAUGAGAAAGUGAUCCAGCUUCCACGUUGGAGCCCAUGCGGAACCCCAGGCCACGAACCUUGCGGAACCGAAGUUGGUCUGCCAAUCGUAUGGGACCAAGAAAACAUUAAACCAUCAUCAGAUACCUCUAGCAGCAGUAACGCUACUUCAUCGGAUGCGUUCCCAACUGUAGCGCCCAACAAAGAUUAAAUAUAAGAAAUACCAUAAAACUUA